AUGGCAACCGACGAUCGCAAGGUGCUCAAUGCACUCGAAACCCUUUUCAGUGACGCCAAUCUGCAAUGGGACAAAGUCAUGCAAAAGCAUUUACAAGAACAGAAUGACUACAUUAUCAUUGAUACCCUGCUCACUCUACCACGCUUGAAGCAUGUCUCUGCAACCAAAGAUGAUGUAAUCAAUGCCACCAAGGAAUCAAUACGGCUACAGUUGAAUAGCGAGAACACUGCUGUUGGAAGAAUCAAGCCCUUUGUAUUGAACAAGAAGGAAGAAUUGGAUGAUUGGUCUAUCUACGUGGAAGGAUUGGACAAGCCAUACCACACCAAUGAAAAGAUCACUGAACUCUUUCGUGACCUUGUGGGACCAGUCUCAUUUUUACGCAUACCAAAUGAUGCGAGCGGCAAACCAAGAUUCCAUGGCUUUUGUUUUAUCGAGUUUGACAACAAGGAAAAUGUAUCCAAGGCUGUCAAUCGCUUGAACCGAUAUCAACUCGAUAUGCAGGAUGAUCAACAAGAAGAUUCUACUACCGAUCAUGUCACACAAACGGCUGAUGCAUUGCAGCUACGAGUCAUGUCAAAAACACAAUGGAACCAAUACAAAGAUCAGUACUUGGCACAUCAAGCUCAGUGCAAGGAAGACAUCAAACAGCUUUGGGACAACUAUAAUGCGACGCGAGCACAACAUGGUGACGCACAGCCAACAAAAAAGAGACGUACAUCAUCAGAGGACGACACCCACAACAGCACAGGAGUCACCAAUACAGAGGAGGAGGAUGACUAUCCCAAAGGGAUCAUUGCUCGAGUAACAAACAUUCAUCCUGCAAGCUCCAAGACCACUGUCAAGACAUUGUUGGAAUCGUCUGGUGUCAAGAUCGCCUAUCUCAAUUACAAGAAGAACACCUUCACGUGCCAUAUUCGAUUGAACAGUGCAAAGGAUACCCAAAAGAUUGCAAUGUAUUUCGAAGAAGGCAUGAUUGCACAAAAGGAUGGUAAAGAUGCCACAGGAUAUCAGGCGAAGGAUGACAAUGAGAAUAAGCCGAUCGUGGUGCAGCCGAUCACUGGCAUGGAAGAGAAGAUCUAUUGGGACGAAGAACGAAGGAGGGAUACCAAAAAGAAGAAAUAA